GUGGGCUUGUGGUGGCAGAGGUGUGGUGACGCCGCGUCAUUUUUUGGGCGGUUUUUGGGAGGGGGCGGCCCGGGUUCUAAUUUCGGACGAGAUUUGCCACCGAUGGAGCGCGACGAAGCGUGGGGCAUGGCGUCGCCGGACUUUCUCGACUUCCUCGACGCGUCGCCUCCGUGCGUCGCCAAUCUCAGCGCCACCGAUGAGUGCGACGACGCCGACGACGAUGCCAACGCGACGGCGCAGCAGCGGUUCCGGAAGCGGCAGAAGCGCGAGCUCGACUUUCUACAGAGCCAAGUCGCGCAGCUCAGCUCGCACCUCGCGGUCCUUCAGAACAUCCGCGGCCUUGAAGUGCGCCACAGCUCGUACUGGGAGAAGAAGGCGCGCAUGCAGAAGCUCGGGCGGCAGCAAGCCACGUCCGAGAACACCCGCUUGAAGCGCGCGAUCGAAGAGCAGCUCAAAGCCGCCGAGAUCCUCAACCAGCUGCUCGUCAAGCGCCCCAAGCUCGUUGCUUUUCCGACCAUGGACAUGGUCGACUGGAAGCUGCGGCGGCUGCCGCGCGACCCCACAGCGCGCACAGUCGCCUACCACGCCUUUAUGAACGACGCGUACGAGCGCGUCGACACCAUUCUGCUUCGGACAGGCAUUUUGGACGCGCCGGACGGUCUCCGGUCCGUCGAAGUCUCGACGUCCGAUGACGUCAUGACCGUCGACGUCCGUGGCGUCAAGACGGUGCCGUGUCACUUUCUCAGCGCCGCGCUGCGCUUUUGGUCGCUUUGGAAUGACGCGUCCAACCACAUUCUCGAAGGCACGAUCCGCGUCAAGGUGCUCGAGACGUUUGGCGACGACGGCGUGUACAUUGAGCAGACCGAGUCGCUCGGCGACGCCAUGCCGUACCUCCGGCGUCUCGGUGCGCUCAAGCGCUACGUCGAGGAGGACCGCGUCAUCUUUGUGUUUCGCACGGUCCUCGACGACGAAAAGUACCCGCCCGUCGACGGUCUCUACAUUGGCAACGACAUGAUCGUGCUGGUGAUUGAGCGCGCGGGCGACAACAUGGCCGUGCGCCGCGUGUCCAUGUCGGGCGAACUCCCAAUUCAAGCGCCGGCGAACGGGCCGUUGGCGUCCAACCCGCAGCAUUUGAUCUGCGAUUUCAUUUUGCGCGAGGUCAAGCGCACGUUUGAGACGCUCGAGAAAUUGUUUGGCGACUAGCUUCCUACCAGCUUUUAGCGUGACGUCGCGUGUAAAGUGAGAGUGGUUGGCAACGGCGUGUAUCCUACGAACUCGUCUGCGGUUGCUUGACGAGUGAGGUGCAAAACGAUGUGUUCAUGAACAACAGCUAACAAGCGCAGAUGCACAAAGUAGACAGUUAAUAAAGGAGACUAGGUAGAG